CAAUUCAGGACAAAAUGAUAUUUCCUCAAACAAUCAAGUGUGGAGUUGAGGCGGUGCUUGUCUGAUAAACCAGAGGGGCAUUUAGCUACGGUCGCUAGGUUCCUUAAUCCUCAAAGCCUUAAUCACCAUUGUUACCCAUUAACCUAUGUUAGAGAAAGAAGUAACACCGUCCUCCAAAGUACGUGCAGAUGUUGUAAGAAGUGGAUUCAUGAAUACCCAAAAGGUUUCAGGAGCUUCUGAUGGAUGCCGAGAUGGUAACAAGGUAUCCGGUCGGCUACAUAGAUAUGAGCAUCUGAGUAGAAUGGCAGCAAUUGAUGAGUCAGAAAGCCUUUCUGAUAUCGAUGAUGUUGAGGUUGUCAAAUAUCUGCACAGUAAGGAAGAGAUGCAUUACAAAAAGAUUAUUUGGGAACAAAUGAAUAGAAAACAUGGAACGUGUCAGGUAAGGCCUAGAAAAAGAUCCACAGAAGCCAAGAAAGAUGCUCCUGCUAGAAAAGCUUCCAAGACCACUGACAGAGUAGCAAAUGAGAAGAGACUGAGUUCAAGGAUUAACUAUGAUGCCUUGGAGAAACUAAAUGCUGAGUUGAGCCAAGGUGCCGAGAAUGCCAUUUCAAUGUCUUUACAGAGCCAAGGUGCCGAGAAUGCCAACACGGAAGGCAUAAUUGCAAAAUGCGAUACAAAGUUUAACAGGAAGUUUAGCACCAACAAUCGCGAGUCUGAAAGAAGAAAGUAUGAUGAUGAAUUUGACCACAGGAUCAAUUACGGUGAAGGUGUUGAAAGCUGCGGAGACUAUGACAGUGCUCUAUAUUAUGGACAUGAAGAAGCUGGAUAUGCCUGUGGUGUGGAUUAUGAUUAUGAGGAUUGACAUGAGAUAUGAAGAGCUUGGCUUUAUGUUAAAAUUUUAAAAUUUAUUAUUUGAUGUUACAUUAGUUUAUGAGAAAAUUUUGUAAAAUAUAUUUUAUUUUUCUGUAAUUUUUUUUUUCUUGAUACAUUCAUCACAUGAAGAUGAAUAUGCUAUGAACCUGUGCCCUUACAUAGCUUGAGAAAGAAAUAAAAGAAAAUUUUGAUAUUAUUUAUUA